GUCCGCGUCGCUUCACAUCCCUGUCCGCACACCCAUUGAUUGCUGCUAUCAAGACAUGAAGGGGAGGGCGUAUGCAGGCUGUGUGGUGAUGCGCAAUGUGGGUCCCGUCCCGCAAGCAAAGCAAGGCAAAAAAGGGUCCAUCCAUCCAUCGGUACGUCAUCCAUCCAUCGAAAGCACAAAGGUAGGUGAGAAAAACGGCCAAGGCGGACGGGCGUACACAAGAUGGGUAAUGUAUUGUAUGUAUAGCACUAGUAGUAGAGACAGACAGACAUGCAGACUUCUGGCUAGAUCACACACUCACAGGUACAGAAAGUGACUUCGGUCCAUCAAUCCAUCUCUCUCCCUACUUGGUUCGUUUGGUGCCUCACUCCACUCAUUUGGUCCGUCCACUCCAUGCCACCCGAUGAUAAAUAUUCCCUCCCUCUCUCUCCGUUGGCUGCCUGCUACUCGUCACAGAGGCUCUAUCUGUCUGUCCGCUACUCGAGCACUCAUCGGUGCGGCCCUGUAGGACUCCCUCCCUCCCUCCCUACCUAACUCCCAUUCGCUCAGGUGCGCACACACGCAUAGCAUAAACAAACAACCAGACAGCGGUGCACACAAACAGACACUCACGCGCAGACACACACACGCACCACGCACUCACUGGCAGACAGGCUCCCUCCCUCCCUCUCCCUCCCAGGCAGGCAGGCAGGCAGGCAGGGACGCAAAACUGGUGGAUAAACUGCCGGGUGGCCCGUCACGUAUGUCUGUCUGCCUGGAUGUCUGUAUGACUUGCGUGCGAGUAUGUUGUGUUUUGUUGUGUUUAGUAGACGUAUUUCUUCUCGUACAGCGACUCGCCCGCACCGCCGCCGCCAGCACCACCUGAUGCACCACACCACACCACAAGCACACACAGGUGCAGUGCAGUGCAGUGCAGUGCAGCGCAGCGCAGACAGAUGCCCCCGCCUGGAAUACCGCCGCCCGCCUCACUCACUGACUGACCUUGGUAUUUGCCGAGUUGUGCCUGGCUGUUGGCCUUGGCGCGCUCCAAAAACACCGUCUGUGCCUUGCCCACAUUCUCGGGCUUGCCUGACACACACACAUACACAUACACAUACAAACUGACUGACUCGUGUGUGUGAGUGGUAUAGGUGCGGUGCGGUGGUUCCAUGGGUGUGUAUCUAUGUAUCUGUGGUCUGUACGUACGUACCUCCCCAGGCCUUGAGUGCGGAUGCCUGUAGUGCGCGGCCGUACGAGAAGCUGAGGGCGAAGGGGUGGGGGCCGCGCUUGUUCAUGGCGUUGAGGUUCACCGACGCCUCCUCCUCAGACUGACCACCCGACAAAAACAUCACUCCUACACAAGCAACACAUACAUAAGGAUACAACACAGCACACAGACGUACAAAGUGCUGCUGGUGGUGGCGGUACAUUGUUGACUGACUAGCUGACUGACCGACGAGUGAGGGUGGCACGGUGCGGUAGAGGGUGCGGACGGUGUAGAAGGCAAUCUCGCCAGCGUCUGCCUUCUUCGGGCACUCUACAUCACACACACACACACACACACACAGGUCCGUCAUCGCCUCUGUGGGGGGUCUGUGUGUGUGGUGUGCUGUCGUGUGGCCAUCCCACCCAUAGGGACCUACCAGCUCCGGGUGUGACCAUGUUGGGUUUGAGGAGGCACCCCUCGAGCAGCACAUGGUGGUCGUGCAGUGCCUUGAACUGAGCCGCCAGGACCUUCUCAGUCACCUCAGCGCAGUACUCGAUGUCGUGGUCGCCGUCCGUCAAAAUCUCGGGCUCCACGAUCGGCACCAACUUGUUCUCCUGGCAGAUGGCCGCAUAACUACAACCAACCAAACCAUCCACCGCACCCAGCAGGACAUACACAUUGACACAGACAUGAUACGUACGCAAGGCAGCUCAGCUGGGUCCCAGCUGUCCCAGCUGCCUGGUGGGCGUUGCUGCGAGAGUACCGCGCGAGUGUGUGUGCGGUUUCCUGGAUGGAGAGGUUGGAGGGUUUGCCGGCGGCCUUGUCGAUGGUCAGCACGGCACGCCACUUAGCGAACCGAGCACCCUGGUUGUAGUAGUCCUGGCAACGCUUCCCCAGACCAUCCAGACCCUGAAGAACAACACAACACAACACACAUUCAGACAACCCGAUGAAAGGCGCAUCGGUCGUGUCGUGUGGAAUGUCCCUCCCUCCCUCCCUCCCUCCCUCACCUGUGUGGCGGUCUCUCCGUCGCUGAGUGGGAGUGGCACGAGGCCCUUGUCGACCUUGAUGCCCGGGAUGAUGCCCUCGGCCUUGAGCAGGUCCACCAUGGCCUCGCCGUUGGCCGUCUUCUGGUACAGGGUCUCCUCGAAGAGAAUGGCGCCGCUGAUAUACUCGCCGCAGCCCUUGGCCUUGAACAGCAACUCGCGGUACGCCGCGCGGUUUUGCUCCGUGUUCUCCACAUUGAUGCCGUCGAAACGCUUCUUGAUCGUCCCUGUCGACUCGUCGGCUGCCAAUAUGCCCUUGCCUGACACAAACACACACACAAGCACAAAUGCAGUGGGGCGGCCUAGUGUUGUGGACGAAUGUCUGCCUGAUAGCGCACCUGGUGUGGCGAUGGCCUCGGCAUUGGCCACGAGCUCCUUGGCGAUCUCCUGGUCAAUCUUCACCUGCACACAAGCACACACACAGCCACCACACGCAUUCACGACGUGUCAGCACCGCUCGCGUCAGUGAACAGAUGCCGUCAACUUUCGGGCGGCGGGCGGCGCCUUUCGCCUUCCCCCCCAGCCUGUGAGUCCCCCCUGCCCGCCUGCGUGCAUCGCCUCCCUCUCACCAUGGUGUCUCAGCCGUGUGUGUCGUACGGUGGUUCACGGGAGAGUCGUGAGAUGGAAGGCGCGCACAGAACGCAGCUGGUUGAGAAGAGUACGACGCAGACAGACAACCGAGGCAGAUCUUUCGCG